AGGUGAGGACUAGUAUAACAACUCAAAUGGAGUUGCCGCUGGUGGUUUUUACGGUAGUGUGUUGGGUCUCCGUAUGGUCGGACGACCGGAUCAUCUCAGACAGACAUGAGGUCUACUGGAACAGUUCAAACUCCAGGUUCUGGCAGGGCGAGUAUACGGUGGCCGUGAGCAUCAACGACUAUCUGGACGUGUACUGUCCGUACUACGAGAGCCCCCAGCCUCACAGUCGCAUGGAGCGCUACAUCCUUUUCAUGGUGAACCAUGAUGGUUACCUCUCCUGUGAGCACCGCAUGAGAGGCUUCAAGCGGUGGGAGUGUAACCGGCCCCAGAGUCCUGACGCUCCCCUGCGCUUCUCUGAGAAGUUUCAGCUCUUCACCCCCUUCUCACUUGGUUUUGAGUUCCGACCUGGACACGAGUACUAUUAUAUAUCCUCUCCUCAUCCUAACCACGCUGGCAAGCCGUGUUUAAAGUUGAAGGUGUACGUGAAGCCUACAAGUUCGGGCUAUGAGUCUCCAGAGCCAUUCCUGACUGAUCAGAGCCAGCGCUGCAGGGUAGAUGGCCCAUGCCUAGCUGUGCUGCUGUUGCUGCUGGCCUUUCUGCUGGCCUGCAUUUAAGAAGCUCCGCCACUC